AACUUAGCCCAAAAAUAUUCUAUUUCUACUUCCUUUCCUACCAUACCAAACCACGCUGCAAUGACUAAUCCGGCGAAUGCUCCUGCCGCCGCCGCCGUCGGUGGUGAUAUCCACGAUGAAGCUGAGGAAUAUUCGGAGGACUUCGUAUGCUGCGUCUGCUUGGAUCUCAUCUACAAGCCAGUUGUGUUGGCUUGUGGCCAUAUUUCAUGUUUUUGGUGUGUCUUCGAAGCGAUGGACGUUUGGCAGGAAUCUCGCUGCCCUGUUUGUCGACACGCGUAUUAUCAUUUUCCCAGUAUAUGUUGGCUGCUUCACUCUGUCUUGCUGAAGUUGUAUCCUAAAGCUUAUCAAAUAAGGGAAAGUCAAGUCACAGAGACGGAAAAGACCAAUGGAACAUCCUCACCACAGUUUGAAAACUAUUUAGCGGUAUCACAUGGUAGUGAACAAAUGGCAUCACAGUGUCGUACCACGGUUCAAGGAAAAGAUUGUUCGGGUAGAGAAUCAUCGGAACCUGUUCGUUUUGAAAAUAACAGUACCACGGCUACUACGGGAAUCCAUACAAAUUCAAGUGAUCAUGUUGACAGAUGUAAUAAGCAGAUAUCUAUGAAUGAUUUACUCUGUGCAGUAUGUAAAGAACUUCUUUGUCGACCUGUUGUGCUUAAUUGUGGUCAUGUAUUUUGUGAAGCAUGUAUUGUCACUUCAAACAAGGAGCCAUGUCGAUGCCCCGUGUGUCGAAGCAUGCAUCCAAAUGGGUUUCCAAAAGUCUGUUUGGUUCUAGAGGCUUUCUUGAAGCAGCAUGUUUCAGAAGAAUACUCUGCAAGAAUAGACAAACGCAGAACUUGUGAGAUAGGAAAUUCAUCAACAGCGGAUUCAACAUCAGUUCCAGAAGGUUCUAAGCGUUCAUCUGUACCUAUGGAUGAACACUUGUGCAGUUCAGGCCACAAGGUUCACUUUGGAGUAGGUUGUGACUGCUGUGGGAUAUAUCCACUCAUUGGCAACCGUUACAAAUGCAAAGAUUGCCAUGAGGAAAUCGGCUUCGACUUAUGUGAAGAUUGCUACAAAAGUUCCUCUAAUCUUCCUGGAAGAUUCAAUCAACAGCAUAAACCGGAUCAUGAGUUUGAGGUUGUCGAACCCAAACCUAUCAUGAUCCUACCUUCUGAUUUUCCUGAAGGUUAUGCACCCGAUCAUCUCGCAAACCAAACUGAUGGUUCUACUGAUCAAGAUUCGGAAGGCGAUGUUCCGGAAGGUGAUGUGGUGGGUCUCGUUAAUGAUAAUGAUGCAUCGGGCGGUAAUGAGGGCUUUGGACCAACAUUGUAACACUAUUUUUAGCUGAACCAAAAUCUAAUAUCUUCAUAUCCGUUUACCACAAAUUUGUUGAAUCUUUAAAGCCAUAGGAUUGUUCGGUUUGUUAAUGUGAGAUGAGUAUACACCUAUGUUUGUGUGUUAUCUUUUUAUUUAUGGUGUGUGAUUCUUGA